AUGAAUGCCAAAUAAAUUAGUGCUUCUUUAGCUGCUGUAUUACAUAUUUAAUAUUUCUAAUAGUUAUAUAUGCUUACAAACUAAUUGAGAGCCGUGAUAUAUUGGAAUAGUCUUCAUCCUUAUUAAUUAUUUGGAUUUGAAAUGACAACCUACGAUCCUUAUUUUAUCACACCUUUGCUCUUUGGAAUUGUUAAUUUUGGAUUAUUAAAAACUAGCCAACUUAAGUCAUUAUAAACUAUUUAGAAUGACCAAAAUCAAUUCAAAUUAAUCAAUCUAUGUUUUAUGUCCUCUCUGGCUGUUGUUGGUUUACCAAUAGAUAUUCUGAUGAUAUACUCAAUUAUGGGAUGUUGUCAAACAUUGAUAUAAUAUUAGUAAUAGAAACAAAUAUAGAAAUUGUUGAGAGAUUCCUAAAUGUUGAUAUGA